CAUUUGUUUACAGUAUAAAACCCCACACCCUCAUGAUACACUCUGUUUGUGUCGGCAGAGAAACAGCCUAUCGAUUCCUUAGAGAUAUUUUCCUUCUCUAGCUAACUCGUUCUUCGGGAAAUUUUGGGUUUCCUGGAAGAGACAAUGAUGAAGAAAAGGUCAAAUGGGUAUGGUAAAAUGAGUGAGAGCUCAACGACGACGACGACGACGUCGUCUACAUCUAGAGAAGAAGAAACUGAGUGGGAGAUGAGACCUGGAGGAAUGUUGGUCCAGAAAAGAAGCGAGAGCAAGGAUAUUGUUUCGGCUCCGACUAUACGGCUUCGAGUCGCUUACGGUGCUCUCCGCCACGAGAUCUCUGUGAAUUCUCAGGCCACGUUCGGGGAGGUGAAGAAGCUUCUGACGGCGGAGACAGGGUUACAGCCGGAUGAACAGCGGGUGAUUUUCCGGGGGAAAGAGAGAGAGAACGGGGAGUACUUGGACAUGUGCGGGCUCAAAGACCGGUCAAAAGUCAUACUAAUGCAGGACCCGUCGAGCAUCGAGCGGAGAGUCAUCCAGAUGAGGAGGAACGCGAAGAUCCAGAGCGCGCACCGUGCCAUCUCGGACGUGUCCAUGGAGGUUGAUAAGCUGGCGGAGCAGGUCUCUGCCAUUGAAAAGUCUAUCACAAAUGGGGUUAAGGUACCCGAAGUUCAGAUCACUACACUAAUUGAGAUGCUCAUGAGACUAGCAAUCAAGCUAGAUAGCAUUUCUGCAGAAGGAGAUGCUCAUGCUCAGAAGAAUUUGCAGGGGAAGAGAGUGCAAAAGUGUGUUGAAACCCUUGAUGUGGUGAAGAUAUCAAAUGCAAGAGUAAAGCCUGUUAUUGUGACAACCAAGUGGGAGACAUUUGAUCCUCCACCGACCACACCCCAAUGGGAAUUUUUUGAUUGAUGUAAUAUGCAUGUAGUAAUUACCUCGAGAGGAAGGAAUAUAAGCGUGCUACUUGCCACGCUACUUGUACUUAUACCCCCCCUUCCUCCAUGAUGAACUCUGCCAAUAAGCAUUGAUUGUGAUAAAAUAUAUAAUUGAAAUUUUGUUGAAACA